AUGGCCACACGGAAAAUAUCCCCCGGAUUGAAGGGAAAAACGCAAAGAGAAAGAGCGGCAGCAGGACUUGUCUCCACCGUUGUUGUAACUGCCAUGGGCAUGCACAUCAGCGCAGAGGACAGCCUGCCCUCCAUUAUCGCAGCAUUCAGAAAGAACGAAAUAUCAGAAAAUAGCAUAAACAGCGAGAAGAGAUAUCUAGGCCACAGAGUGGCGUGCAGGAAAGGAACAUUCGCCUUUUUUGCAAAUACCCCAGGGCAUGCAAAUGUUAUGAAAACGAAGAUGCAGGGCGCUGACAUAAACAUAAUUCUAGUAGAUAACCAGAUAAACGAGGCUGUGGAUGAGCUGAUAAGCCACACAAAACAGGACAAUCUUUUGUUUCUGUCGUGCAUCAGAGACGUGCCCUCUGACAUUAAGAAAGAAAUCAAAAAGUCUUUUGGAAAAACAAAAGUGUACACGCUCAACGAGAUAGGCCGUGUCCUAGAGAACAAAACUGUGCUGAACAGAAAGAGACACACGCGCCCGCACUUUAUCGCAGAUGCAAUCGAGAAAGUAGGAGAGAAGUCUUUCAAAGUCUCAGGGGCUGUGGACAAAGGGUUCGUAUCAACCCGUGUAAUAAUCAACGGAUGUGUCUUUGCGCAGAUAAAAGAGGUGCUAGUGCAGGACAGGCCGCUAGACAUCUCAAGUCUUGCCCUGCUCACAAAGGAAGAGAUCUACCACCAGAAAAAAGAGACAGAAGAGGGAGCAGAUCUUGCCUCUGGAGUGAUGUCCGGUCUCAGAAUAUCAGAGAACAACAUAAACGACCAGCCCGAGUACUCUGAUGACUCACUUGGCUGCAUAAACCUCGAAGAGUCAGAGGAAGAAGGGAGCGAAGAGGCACAGGGCAGCAGCGAUAACUAUCAGGACGUUGAAGACAUGGAGUAUGAAGAUCUCUCCAGCGAAAUAGAGUCAGAAGACCUCGUUGGAUACGAAGCCCUCGAAAGAACAAAAAAAAGAGAAGAGCUAAAUAACAAGUACAAAGGCUUCAAAGGGUUUAAAACAAUAAACCUCGGGAUGCACAAACAGGCACAGGACAACGCCAGCAUAAAAGUGUUUAGAUCGCAGAAUCUUCCCGAAUAUUACUCAAAUCUGAGCUUUGUGGGGUCUGAAAGAGCAAGAAAAAAAAUCCUCGCAAAGAAAAGCCCUGUGCCCGUGCACACUCCAAUUGAGGUGGUUUUUGAGGUGGAAGAAGGAUACCAGGAGCUCUUCAACAAUGCUGUUGAGUCAGGAUGCCUCUCUAUCCACGGCCUUUUUGACUACGAGGGCCUUCCAACGAUCUGCACCCUUUCGUUCAACACAAAAGAAACAAUUAGCAUGUACAACAAAGAUCUUUCCUUUGACUACGGGUUCUUCUACACCACCCCGCAGACAGUUGUCCUGGGGAAUGGGUCUGAGAUUGUAAAGUGCAAAACAGAAGGCACCUCUGGAACAGCCUGCUUCAUAGGGCCCCUGGUUCUUACGGACGAUAAAAUAUUCGUAUACAGAGACACAGGGUACGUAGGAACAGCCACACAGGCCCUGAGAAAAGACCCCAUCAUUAUCAGAACUGUUGUGUUCAGAGGUAUCCCUGCGAAGAUCCACAAAAGAUCUUGCAUUGUUGCAAAGAUGUUCCACACAAGAGAAGAGGUGAAGUACUUCAAAGACAUCAAGCUGUACUCGAGCAAGAAAAAAGAAGGCCACAUUAAAAAGCCGCUGGGAGAGAAAGGGCUGAUGAAGUGCUACUUUUUCCCGCCUGUCAAGCACGGAGAGAAGAUAUACAUGGAGCUUGCCAGAAGAGUAUUCAUAAACCCAGAAGAAAACUAG